GAUCUGUCUGGCAUUUUGACGUGUCAUAAAUCUAUCUAGAAUUGCUCCAGGAAUAUUGGAAAACAAAUGCUGAUUAUCUGUCUAGGAGAAAAGCGUCGUGAACGUCUGGAUCAUCUCGAAGCAUUGGCGGCGCAGAGUUGCGCGGUUGAAAGAACAUCGGCUGCAGGCACAGGCCUAUAUGAGGAUGUUGCAAAGAAUCCCCCAAGUUAUGAUUCUUCAGAUGUAUCUGCCAGUACAUCUACAGCGACUCUGGGAGAAUGCCAACAUCUUAUUCCACAGUUAGACGACACGCCCUCAGCACACAUAUGGGAUCCAACGGAUUUCUCACAGCUAGAUGACACCCCAUCGAGCUUGAGUAUAUACGAUUCUACAACACAUGUUGAUCCUUCGCUUCUUACUCGAGGUGGAUACGUCAGCCUUGAUCUAUUCUGUACGACCACCAUCGACUGCGGCUGCUCCAGCCCACACAUAAAAACAUGGACACAAGCCCCAGACCCAUUCAGCCACGGCGAAGUCAGGAUAUUCAGAUUUGGAUCGAAUACAGCCACAGCAGAUCCCUACUCUAAUAACCUCCGCAUCGAAACAAUCUGCAUCGCAGCCGCACUACACACGCUCGGAAUGCACGUCGGCAUAACCGAGGAAAUGCUCUGCGCCGACGAAUCACCCUCUCCAUUCUUCCGACCUACCACGAACGAUAUAGUAAAAUCCAACAUGAUAAACACAGUGCAGAGGAUAUUCAAAACCCUAAAACCAGACAUGAGGCCGAGUAGCGAACAAAUCACCGUCCAGCAUCAUCCGUACAUAGACAUUCUGCCCUUUCCGACACUACGGAAGAAUCUCAUCAUCCACCAGGAAGAUUUUGACGAGGAUGAGUUCUUCCUUGAUAUGCUGAACGGGUUAGUAUGCUGGGGAGGUGCUGGUGUUGGGAGGAGAGAUCGGGAAGAGGCCACUGGGUAUGUUUCGACGGGUACGCCGUGGGAUGUCCGGAGUUGGGAGGCGAGGGGGUGGUUUUUGAAGAAGUAUUGGAUGUUGCUAGGGGGGGAAGAGGGGGAACUUGUACGGCAGAGUGAGUGGUGGCGUGGGAUGAGAGGGGAUGAUUUGGAAGUAUAGCUGUAUAACUGGAAUAGAUGCUGGAAUGGUAAUAUAUAUUAAUAGAAAAUGGUUCACGUCAGCCAUGUUGUGGAUCAUGUCAGCCAUACUAACAUUGAAGGUACUAUUGGCCACAUUUAUUAGCGUCAUAGAUCUGGAUGUUAAUUCAAAUAACUCCCUAUUCACCCCCCAUUUGCUUCUCCCCAAUUCCAUAUCCAGUCCAG